GAGAUAAAGGAAAAUUUGUUAAGCAGAACGUCCUCAACAAACGCAAAAAAUCAAUUUUAGCUAUGAAUAAUGCAAAAAAAUUGAGAAAGGAAACCCCAAGCUUGAAAAAUAACCUGUGUAGUGGUCGCAUCGUGGAAUUACUAGAGUUGGGAAAACAUUUAAAAUGUUGCUGGUGUGAAAGAGUUCUUUCUCUUGAAAAUAUUACAAAUGAAACACGAAAGGGUCUUUAUUCAAUUUUAAAUGUUAAAUAUAAUGAAUGUAAUAUUGAAACUAUAGUACCUACGGACAAAGUUCAUGCAACAAAAAGUGAAGUUAAGCAUUCAGAUGUCAACACUAAAGCAGUUCUAGAAAAUGAACGAAAAAGUUUGGAGAAUACCAGACUCGAAAGUAUGGAGAACGCUGCUGGCAGACCCGAAAGUUACGAGAAUGCUGCCGACCCACGGCCAGAGCAGCCGCUGAGUGAUACUUACACAGAGACCAGCGACCAAAACAACAAUUCGCAAUCACCACAAUACAGUGUCGACGGAUCGAGAUCAGAUGCCAACGACAGUAUGGAGAAACUUAGAAAGACUCUCGAGCGUUCUAACAGCCCAGACUGA